AUGAACCAUGUCAGGAGCGCGGUUGAUCAGUCUCCCACAUCUUCGUUCGAAUCAAGUUACCAGAGCCCCCUACCACCGGGAGCUAUGACAGGAGAGCGUGAUGUUGAAGUACAGAGUUAUCAGGAUAUACUUUCCGCGCAUGCUUCACGAAGGGAUAGGGAAGAUAAAGAUGGCUCGUUGGGGUUGGCCAAAUCGAAUUUUGCCGAAUUGUACGGGCUUACGAGUGACAUGGAGCCUAUCCUUAUGCGGCAUCGUCCAUAUGAUCCUCAGUCACAUGAGUUCCGUCUUGAGACUCAUAGUAUUCGGCGUGUGCUGCACGAAGAUAUGGGUAUGCAAUAUCCAGUUACAUUUCAUGUUGUAAGGGACGAAAAGGCAAUUGGCUACCAAAAUUAUAUUGAACAAGAUGCAAUUGAGCGUUGUGUUGUGCCAUACGGCCCCAGCCUAAUCAAUCUCUUUUGGAGAAUAGUUCACCCGUGUUAUCCUAUUCUAAACAAAGGCAAGUUCAUAGAGCGAUAUACGACAUCUUAUCGUGAGAUAGAAGCACCCAUAUUAGGAGCAGUGUAUCUCAUUUCCUUGAACUGGUGGACCUACGAUCGAGAGCUCAGCAACAAAUCAGCGCCGAAAGAAGUAUUGUUAAGAGAACGAGUUAUUGAAGCAAUUCAGAAUAGCUACCACAGACCUAAGCUAUCGUCAGUUGCGGCUAUGUUACUGUUGGUGCAAUGCAAGCCAGAGGAUGCCUUGAAUCCGGACCACACGUGGACCUGGGGAUAUACAAGUCAAGCACUUGCAGUUGGUGAAGCAUUAGGACUCCAUUUGGAUGCCAGUUCUUGGGACGUUCCUGAUUGGGAGCGCGGGCUACGUAAGAGGCUCUCUUGGGCACUUUAUAUGCAAGACAAAUGGACUUCCUUGAUGCAUGGGCGACCCAGUCAUAUUCACGAUGACAACUGGGGAGUCGAAGACAUCGAGGACAGUGAUUUCUAUGAACCUGAUGAGAAUAAGGACUCAAGAAAUGACGACGUUCCCAUGAACGAUAUUCAGGCGGGGAGAAGAGGAUUUUUGGAGAUGGUCAUAUUGUCUAAAAUUCUCAGUACGAUAUUAACAGACUUCUUUUCGCUGCGUGCUAGCAAAUCUCAAGACACUGUUGAGCUUUAUCAACGAGCAUUUCCUGUCAUAGAGAAGCUGCAAAUCUGGUACGAGAAUGUUCCACAUUCACUGCGCAUGGAUAGGCAGGUUCCCCGGCGACUUUGUGCAAAUGGUUUCCUUCAUCUGUCCUAUCACGGUCUAGUCUUAACACUUAUGCGGAGAAUUAUUAGAUCUACUGCACUUGCUCCACUUUGCUCACAUGUUGCUGUUCUCAACGAUACUCGUAAGCUUGCUAGUGGCUCGGCCGAAGCUGCGAUGGCUUUCGUCCGUACACUGCGUCCGGAUCAUUUGGAAGCCUUCUGGUUUUUCUCAUCAGGGUUUAAUUUCUCCUUGAUCGGGUCUUUCGUCACCUUGCUUCUAGUAACGUCUCAUUCGGAAGCUGAAAAAGCUCACUGGAGGGAGCGCCUGAACGAUUAUCUAUGGAACCUCCGCAUCAUGGGGAAGGGAAACGAGCCAAUGCGUUAUGCAGUCAACCGUCUCGAAGGAGCAAUACUUCGAGGAAUGGAGCAUGCUUUGGCCGUGAAAAUUGCACCAGCGCCUUCGGAACAUAUACCAAAUGAACAGAACAUAUUUCUCACAACACCAUUUCCCCAGCAUUCACUACAGUUUCCAUCCCCCAACCAUCAGAUCUGCGGCAUGGACAUGAGCAUUCAUCCAGCCAUAUCAUCUACACCUUCCCACGCUCCAGGAUAUUGGCUCACACCUUUCAUCAGCGAAGAUAUAUCAAAUCUGAACCUAAAGCACUUUGACUGGCUCACAGAAAGUUAA